UCAUCACUGUCACACUUCGCAUUUGCAGAGACAAGAGAUUUCAAUCUCAACUCAUCUGAGAGAGAUUGGUAGAGUUGUAGUGAGACAAAUGUUUACGCGGUUCAGCAGAGUUAGUAAUGGCGGAGGAGGAGAAGGAGGAGUGAUUACUCAAAUGGUAAGGUAUUUUUCAAAAAAGAGAGCAGAAGAUGUGAGAAGAAUAAACCCUAAAGUACCAAUACCAGAGGCAGCUGCUAUUUCUCAGAAUCUUUAUCAAGUUAUUAAAGAUCACGGCCCCCUCAAUAUCUCCAGCACUUGGUCCCAUGCCCAGGAAGCUGCUGUAGAUGGAAUUAACAGUAAAACACACAUGAAGCUUUUGCUGAAAUGGAUGAGAGGAAGGAAUAUGCUGAAGCUGUUGUGCCACCAGGUUGGUUCCCAUAAGAAAUUCUACUACACUACUCUACCUGAAGACCCUAACAGUGCUGAAGCAAAGAAUAUCCUUGCAAUGAAGCUGGAGACGGAGAAGAAUCCAGCAAAAAGAAAUACGAACAAAAAGAAAAAGAAAAAGCUUCGUAAAACCAAGGGGUGAACAUUAGAAGCCAAGAAUAUUAUAUUCGUGAAUGUUCUCUUUUAUCAUCCAGAUUGGUUCAGGUGAUGGUAUCAUUGGCUGAAUAACAACCUCAUGAGGAAUUUUGUUUCAUUUGGAGUGAUGUUUCUUUGACUUUUGUUGGUUUGGUUAUUUUAUUUUGAGAAAUACUUAACUUCACUACUAAAACCUGUUAUAGCUGCAUAAUGUCUGAAAACAGGGCGUGAACACUGUGAAGGCAUGCAAUCCUUCCUCUAAUUAGUGUUGCAGUAUUUAAGAAAUGUCUGGUUAGUGAAACGCUUAGUUGCUUUAAAA